GUGACAUACGAGAUCGCAUGAUAGUACGGUAACGUGUGUGGCGAUUAAACGGCUUUUAUUACACUGCUAAGUACUGUAGGCCUAUAGAGGAAACUAUAUCGUAUUAUCGUAACUCCAGUCAUCUCAUACAUUGUAGGUUUAUUUUCCAAAAACAACAACGUGCGAUCUCAACAAAACAAUCAAGGAUUUCUCGAUACCACAUGCACAGACUACAAGUCAUCGCGGGGUUUUUUCCGCAUGCAAUGGUGAAGGUCAUUUGAAGAAGACAUGACAGUGAUUUGUUUGGCUGAUGGACAUUUUAUUACUGAUGUGAGGUCAUAAUUCUUUUGAAAUCACCCGUAGAAUGGAAUCACCAGAUGAAGAUAAAAGCAACAAUAACUAUGGUCCUCCGUUGCCACCUCAGAUGAAGAAACAGAAAGUUGAUGAAGUCAAAACAAAUCCUUCAAGCACAGAUGGCUGUAAUAUUAUUGGUCCAGCUUUGCCACCCAUUCCAUCAUCUUCACAGAUAGGUCCAGCUUUGCCACCUGGUAGAUCGUCUUCACAAAUUGGUCCAGCUUUGCCACCCAGUACAUCUUCACAAAUUGGCCCUACUUUGCCACCCAGUACAUCUACACAAAUUGGCCCUGCUUUGCCACCCAGUACAUCUACACAAAUUGGUCCAGCUUUGCUACCUGAUAGAUCAUCUUCACAAAUUGGUCCAGCUUUGCUACCUGAUAGAUCAUCUUCACAAAUUGGUCCAGCUUUGCCACCUGAUAGAUCAUCUUCACAAAUUGGUCCAGCUUUGCCACCUGAUAGAUCAUCUUCACAAAUUGGUCCAGCUUUGCCACCCAGUACAUCUUCACAACUUGGCCCAGCUUUUCCGCCUGAUUAUAAUACUUCUGGACAGUGUGAUGUAAAACCUGCUGUGACUGUUGGACCAGCACUACCGCCAGGAUACAAGAGUUCCCCUCGGGAGUUGCCUCCCUCGUACAUAGGACCUACUUUACCUCCUGGUUUUAAGAGUUCUCAAGAAGAGAGACAUGAAGGACCAAUGAGCUGUGGUGAUGAUGAUCCAGGCAAUACGAUUGGUCCUUUGCCCUCUGAGAUGGUGUCUGGAUGUACAUCAAGUGCAGCCGCUGAAUUUGAGGAACGAGCACAGAAGAUGAAAGACUUGUUGACAGAAAAGCCAUCUGAUGACUCUGGACCAGCGUCCCGUGAAACAUGGAUGACGGAAUUGCCGUCACAGCUUGGCAAAAGCAUUGGUCUGAACAUGAAGGCGAGAAAUUUCCGCAAACGCGAUGUUCCCGACAGUGAGAGAGAUGCAUCUGGGUGGACGGACACCCCCGCUGACAGAGAGAGAAAAGCAAAGGAGAAGGAAAAGAGAAGAUGUAUGGCUGAAGAAAAUCAGCACUCCAGAAAACCAGCAAAGGAGGAAAAACAUGUGAAAGAAACGAAAAAACACAAGAAGUCGAAGCACAAGGAAUCCCUUCUCGAUCUACACCAGAAGGAAAGAAAGAAGAAGAAGGACACUAUUCCGGAGGAAUGUGCAGCGUGCCUCCUUCACUGUGUCAGUGUUCUUGUGCCAGAGUCACACAAAGUUCACACACCGAUGACAGAUUCAGAAAAAAUGUCUUCAUUGGGAUCUUCUUUGUCAUCUGUCUUCCCACCUGUGUCUCAGUCAUCAAAAGCAAGACAUUCUAAUACAUGUUUUAAUGUACUAAAUGGUUCAUGUACAGAAAAGAAUGCUGAAUUCAACUUUUCUGAUGUGAUGUCAUUGUGUUGUAAAGACAGCAAUGUGUUUGCAUCAAAUGAUGAAAAAAAAAUUGAUGCAGAAAAAAACCUCAUUGUGUCUAUAGAAAGUACAAAAGAAAGAUCAUCAUUAUCAAAACCAUUAAGAAAAUGUGAUCCAUCAGACAUUUCCAUCAUUCAGGCUAGUCUUAAUACUUCAAAUAUUCAUGAUUCUCUGUUAGAUGCAGAAAAGAAGUAUGAUAUGUCUGUAGAAAAUACAAAAGUGCAGCCAUCAGUAGUAAAACCAUUUGCAUCAUACUUAAGAAAACUUGAUCCAUCAGACAGUUCCAUUACACAUUCUAGUCUCAUAAGUGUUUUUGAUUCUCUGUUGGAUGCAGAAAAGAAACAAAGUUUGUCUGUAGAAAUUACAAACGAAAGGUCAUCAGUAUCAAAACCAUUUGCAUCAUAUUUAAGAAAACGUUAUCUAGGAGACUGUUCCAUUACACAUUCUAGUCUCACAAAUGUUUUUGAUUCUCUGUUGGAUACAGAAAAGAAACAUGGUGUGUCUGUAGAAACUACAAAAGAAAGGUCAUCAGUACUACAACCAUUUGCAUCAUAUUUAAGAAAACUUGAUCCAUCAGACAGUUCCAUUAUACAUUCUAGUCUCACAAGUGUUAUUGAUUCUCCACAGGCAGCUCAACCAGAUUCAGGUUCAGAACUCUCAGUGUCAGACUUUCAGAGACAAAUACAUUCCGUAUCAAAGUCAAACAAACAGUUCACAUCUGAUCAUUCCACAGCAAUACAAGGCGGCAUUUGUGAUGUCACUACUACCUCUGAUUGGUGUUCACACUGUUCUUCUAGUCACUCAGUUCCAAAUAAUACAAAGGCAGUUAAAUUUUGUAAGCCCUCUUUAAUGAUAUCUGAAAAUUAUGCUGAAACAAAUAAUGCUGUUCAAUCUCAGGUGAAAAACAUUUACAAAAAUUUGUCAGACUUUUCAUUGAGUUUAUUUGAGGAUGAUCUGUUUUAUGUGAAGUGUGAAUCACAGAUACCAUCAUCCUCGUCUAAGGAUUGCUUUGAUAUUGAAGAUUCUUUUCACAAGACUAGUGCAAUGCCAUGGUUAAACAUGGACUCACGUUACAGAGAGUUGCCUCCAGUGUCCUCAUGGACCUUACCUCUUGCAGGUCUUUCAGGAGAUGCUUCUGGAACAAGUACGGCAAUCCAUCACAUCAAUACCAAGAUGGACACGAUACUGGAGAUUCUGAAGGACACCAAACAGCAUCUGAUGACGAUAGAGAACGAUCGACUCAGACAGGUUAGUGAUCGACUGGACAGGAUAGAACAGUGUCUGAGAAAGACGGACAGUCACAGACAGGGUCAGCCCUGCUCUGCUGGGGAAGAAUGGAAAAUAGGUCAACAAGUCCAGUCCUCUGCUGGAAACACAUGGAACUUAGGUCAGCAAGUUCAGCCUUGCCAUGCUGGAGACACAUGGAAAGUAGGCCAAUCCUGCCCUGCUGGAGACACAUUGAAAGUAGGUCAAGGCCAGCCCUGCCCUGCUGGAGGUACAUUGAAAGUAGGUCAAGGCCAGCCCUGCACUGCUGGAGGCAUGUUGAAAGUAGGUCAAGGUCAACCUUGUCCUGCUGGAGACACAUGGAAAGUGGGUCAUGGUGAAUAUCACAACAGUUCACAUCAGAAUAAGUUGAACAAUGUGGGUGUGAAUGGUGUUAGUUCUGGUGUAGAUCAGAACCGAGAGUUGACCAACCAUGCCAUGCUUGCGCAACAGCAGCCAGCAGUCUUGAUCGAAGUCCCGACUGGAAGACGCAUGCAUCCACUGCCUCCAGAUACUGUUCUCGAAUCAGGAAAUGUGUUGCAUGUUAUGGCGGGAAAGUCCAAUCCCGAGUAUUCUAGGUCACUCUCACAGAAACUGAAUAUUACAGCAAACGCCUUUUCAGGACAAGCAGAUUCAGGAGUACAAGGACCAGUCAUGCUGAAUAAAGUAUCCAGCACUCUUGUACAGAAGGAGAAUCAAGUCAACAAGGCAGCUCCUGCUUGCACGAAAGGUGAUGUUGACAUGGAGACUGGUAGAGUCAGACAGACAGAGCAGGUCAUCUUGCCAGAUAAGCAGACCGAUAGUGGCCAGAUGGAUGUAUCUGUUUCGCAGGACCAGCAGGCAUUCACAUCUGGACAAAGUGCCGAUCAGUCUUAUGAAAAGAUAUAUCUUCCCCACAAAUUGGGUGACUCUGAUACAUCCUGGUCACUAGGUAUGAUCAUGCCAAAGAGUAACCAUGACAUUUCGGGACUGGAUGAUUGUGGCAAGCUGUUAGGUAUGGAGUCUGGUACAGAUGCUGAAAGUUCUUCCAGUAGCGAAGUGAUUAGAAAACUGCAAUCACCUGGUGCCAAUGUUCAGGUACCAGUGAUUGGGUUGGACAGCAUCAAGGUUGAGAUGAAUUCAGAUGGGGAUGAUGAUGCUGAUGAUGAUGAUGAAUCAAACUUCUCUCACCUGGAUGAUGUGUUUCAAGGUAAGGGAAAUACAGGUGAAAGGUUCAUAGGAAAUGAAAAGACAGGUCAAAGUUCAGCAAUACAAGAUGCUGGUCUUGCUUCCCAGUCACAUGACAUUGAUGAGCUUGAUAACGUAUCUUUCAGUGCUUGUACUGACAUGGAUUCAAUUGAGGAGUUCGGUGACACAGACUUUGGUAAAAAUCCCAACUGUGCUGAUUAUUCCACAAGAACAGUGAAAGCUGACAGACGUGCAGCCAAGCUAUUCCGUAGAUAUCUGAAAAAGAAAAAAUGGCCAGAAAACUUUGAAACCUUUGAGCCAGCGGAGCUGUGCAAAUGUCUGUGCCACUUCUUCAUGGAUGUACGCAAGGAGGAUGGGGAGGUCUACAAAGAGUCUUCCCUGCAGUAUUUCCGAUACGGUCUCAACCGGUAUCUCCGGUCGGCUCCUUUCAACCGAGAGUUUGACAUCACCAGGGACGCAGCCUUCAAGAGAGUCGCCAAGUGCUACAAAGACGCCAUCAGGAACAUUCGAGCCACGGGGAAGAUUCUGAACCACCAUCCCAUAAUCUCGGAUGAGGACCGUCACAAGCUGUACAACAGCUGCUACAUGACUAUCAACACCCCUCAGGGACUGCUCAACAAGGUCCAGUUCGACAUCCGCAUGUACCUCUGUCGCGGCGACAGCAUGGAGAUGAUGACCAAGAGCACGUUCGUUGUCACCACCCACCCGGUCAGCAAGCUCCGCUGUGUCAGGAAGACCAUACCGACCAAAGAGUUCAUGUGUGAGGUCCCGGGAUCUCCCUUCUGCCCGGUCCUGUCCUUCGAAAAGUACAUCUCCAAGCUUAGUCCUCAGAGUCACCGCUUGUGGCAGUAUCCUCAGCCGUCAUUCGAGGACGACAAGAUCUGGUACAAUGGCCGGCCGGUCGGGAGAGGCAAGAUGGAGAAGUUCAUGGCCGAGCUCAGCAAGAAGUGCAAGCUGUCGAGGUGUUACACCAACCAGAGCAUCAAGACCACGGGAAACGCCAUCAUGGCGCAGCUUGCCUUCGGCAUGGCUCCUGUGUUGCCCAUAACUGGGGAGCCUAAAGUGAUGCAGAUUGUCAUUCCAGCUGAUGCAGAAGAAAGAGAAGGAGAAGCCUAAGGAGCGGAAACCGUUUGACCGAGACACCGACCUGAAGGUGAAUCACUUCGAUGACGUGCAGAGGAAAGCCAUCAUCCAGAGAUCUCAGGAGCUGAACACACGGUUCAAACACGCUGGAUCUACGUCCUCCUUCCUCUAGUGAUGACAAACACCGAGAGGAAGAUAACCCACGGAGAGGCUGAAAGUCCUUGCUGUGAAAUCAUAUGAGGGAUUGGUUGGCUCCCCUAACUCUUGGGAAUGAAAAUAAGUUUUUCAUGUUCUAGAUAUACAGUGUAUUGCAUUUUUUUCUUUGAUACCUAUACUGAUGAAGUCUGGGUGGAAGUUGUGUGAGGGUGGGUAAUUAAUAUUCAGGGGAGAGGUCCCUGGAUUUCUGAUAUUAUGGGAAACACUUAAAGGGACAUUCCUGAGUUUCUGGUCGUCUUAAUAUUUGUAAGAAGCCCAAACUGGAUUUUGUCUUGAAAUAAUUUCGUACCUACGAAAAAAUAUAUUUUAGGGAAUAAAAUGAAAUU